GAAUAAAACCCUAUUUCCCGUCAAAUACAAUUCGCAGCGUACGUUUCCGGGGUUUAAACAGCCGGAAACACUGCGAAGUGCGGCACCUCUCUCUCUCUCUCUCUCUCUCAGAGCUGUCGUCAACUUCCGCUUGAAAACUAGGGUUUCCCAUUCUGUUCGAAAAUGGAGGCAGUGGUGAUUGAUGCUGGGUCGAAGCUCCUCAAAGCGGGUUUCGCCGUUCCCGAUCAGGCUCCUUCCAUGAUAAUGCCAACCCAAAUGAAACGCAUGCCUGAAGAUGGAUCACUGGAUGAGCCUUCCCUAGCUGAGGAUGUUACUGUUGAUCCAGUUGUGCGAGGGUAUACGAGAGAUUGGGAUGCCAUGGAAGAUCUACUGCACCAUGUUUUAUAUAGCGGCCUUGGAUGGGAAAUUGGCAAUGAGGGGCAAAUUUUAUUCACAGAUCCACUUUCAACUCCCAAGGGUGUUAGAGAGCAGCUGGUGCAAUUGAUGUUUGAAACUUUUAACGUCUCGGGUUUCUAUGCAUCAGAGCAAGCAGUAUUAUCCCUCUAUGCAGUAGGUCGUAUCUCAGGGUGCACUGUUGAUAUUGGUCAUGGGAAGAUAGAUAUUGCGCCGGUAAUUGAAGGUGCGGUUCAGCAAAUUGCUUCAAGAAGAUUCGAAAUAGGGGGCAUUGAAUUGACAAAUUUGCUUGCUCAGGAGCUUGGUAAAUCCAAUCCACUGGUGAAAUUGAAUACCUCGGAUGUUGAGAUAAUAAAAGAGCAGUACUCAUGUUGCGCUGAAGACGAUGUUGCUUAUCAGAAGACUCAAAAGUCAUGUCAGGAAGAGCAUCAUACUCUACCCGAUGGACAGGUGAUAACCAUAGGAAAAGAAAGAUAUACUGUUGGUGAGGCUCUAUUCCAGCCAUCUCUUUUGGGUUUAGAGGCACAUGGUAUGGUUGAGCAGCUUGUUCGAAGUAUCUCCACUGUGUCAUCAGAGAAUCAUCGUCAACUGCUGGAAAAUACAGUACUUUGUGGUGGCACUGCUUCUAUGACUGGUUUUGAAGAUAGGUUCCAGAAAGAAGCCAGCCUUUGCUCAUCAGCUAUUCGGCCUUCUCUGGUAAAGCCUCCAGAGUACAUGCCUGAGAACCUGACAAAGUAUUCAGCGUGGGUGGGAGGUGCCAUACUUGCCAAAGUUGUGUUCCCACAGAAUCAGCAUAUGACCAAGGCGGAUUACGAUGAAACUGGUCCUUCAGUUGUGCACCGGAAAUGUUUUUAGAGUAUGUGAACGUGUAGUUCUUAAAUGCUACUGGAUUCCGUGUUAACCAUAGCAUUGUAAAUUAUGCUAAUGUUGCGAGAAUGGUAGUCUGAUUUUAACUGUUGUAAUUUGUAUCUCUAUUGCUGUAUCUAACGAUGAAUCCUUCUUUACCUCGGCACACUAUUCCAAUUUAGUGGUUCAAAACAAUGGAUCCUUCGAGAUUAUUCUCCCCA